AGCUACCGGUAACUGCUUCUAGUUCUGAGGGACACACCUGAAAAAUGAGUGACCCAGCUCCUCAACCCGAUAAUUCCGGCAGAUGGGCCGGGUUCUGCCGUCAGUGUUUCAAUAAUCGGAUGAACGGACAGGAAGGCAUCUGUUACCUUUUUUAUAGACAAAGACAAAAUGUGAUUAGGCGAAGGAUUGCGCAAGUGGUCCUACAACGGGUCGCCGUUGCCGUUGUUAUGGAUGGUGAGCGUGCCCAGCAGGACGAAGCUGCAGCUCCUGUCGAGGCAGAGGGGGACAUAGCACCCAGGGACCCCAACAUCAGAGACCCUGCCGCUGCCGCCCCAAGGGAACAACAACAAGUACCACGGGAACCAUCGCCGGAACGCAUUUUAGAAGACCCCGGCCAUCCUAGACAUCCUUUGCCGGACAGUCCGGAUACCCCAGGGAGGGGAAGGGACUACUACUUCGUAUACCCAGACUCACCUGACCCCCUUAAUUUUGACUGGCAAGUUUUUCCAGAUUCGCCAGAGAGCCCCGACCCCCUUCGUCCUGACUGGGAGCAAGACAACUGGCCUUAA